GGAGGAAGACAAGACGCGCGCGCAGAAGCACACCUGCUCGGGCUACAUUAGGAGGACAGCUUCUUCGGCCGGCGACAUGGCGGAGAAGGGCGCGUUGCAGUCGGCGAGGGAGUGGGUGGUCGACCACAAGCUCCGGGCCGUCGGGACGCUGUGGCUCAGCGGCAUCGUCGGCUCCAUCGCCUACAACUGGUCCAGGCCGGGCAUGAAGACCAGCGUCAAGAUCAUCCACGCCAGGCUGCAUGCUCAGGCUCUCACGCUGGCUGCCUUGGCUGGGUCCGCGCUGGUGGAGUACUACGACCACCAGCAAGGGUCAGGAUCGAAAGUUCACCAAUAUGCAAAGCAGUUCCUUUCAUCUGAUAGCAAUAGCGGCCAACAAAAGGAGUAGCUAGCCAGUGUCCUUGCGAAGUGCAAGCAGCGGAGUGGGCGUUAUUUCCUGAUCAAAUAAUUUUGCCUAUGGCACAUUCUGUGGAAACUUUGACGGAUCUUUGCCUGCUUUUCUAUGCGAUGUAAGCUGCUGAAACCUGCACUCAUCAAAUGUUGUGUAUGCAGAUGGUACCAUGCAUUUGUUUCCCUGAAUGGCUUCAAAUGAAAUGAAUGUUUUUUUUU